CGGGAGGGAGACGCGGGAAUCGUGCCGAGCUGGAGCUGAGAGCUGGAGGACCAGGACCCCGAGCAGGCUAAGUGAGUCUUCACUGGCCCUUUGGUUGGACGCCCAACACCUCCUGCUUCAGAUCCAUCCAGAGGGAGAGCAGAGCUGCCGGAGCCUCAGGACCCCUAGACUGACAGAGCUGGAAACCACGUGGACCCAGGGGCGGCACUGCCAUGACGACUGGUCACACACCACAGGACAGGUACAAAGCCGUAUGGCUCAUCUUCUUCAUGCUGGGGCUGGGCACCCUGCUGCCAUGGAACUUCUUCAUGACUGCCUCCAUGUACUUCAAAAGCCGCCUGGGCCAACCCCAGAAUGAAACCGGUAUCAUGACAAAGGAAAGCUCCGACUUCCUGGAUCCCACACAACCCCCAGUGAAGGCCAAUUUCCUGGACUCCAUUUUCAACAAUGUCAUGACUAUAUGUGCCAUGCUUCCCCUCUUGAUCUUCACCUGCCUCAACUCCAUCCUACAUCAGAGGAUCCCUCAGGUCUUUCGCAUCUUGGGCAGUCUGGUGGCCAUUCUGCUGAUGUUUGCCUUGACAGCCAUCCUGGUGAAAGUGCACCUUGACCCCUUGCCCUUCUUCACUGUCACCAUGGUCAAGAUUGUUAUCAUCAACUCAUUUGGCGCCAUUCUUCAAGGCAGCCUGUUUGGCCUGGCUGGCCUCCUGCCCGCCAACUACACAGCUCCCAUCAUGAGCGGCCAGGGCCUGGCCGGAACCUUCGCUGCCGUGGCCAUGAUCUGCGCCAUCGCCAGUGGUUCUGAACUGGAAAAGAGUGCUUUUGGAUACUUUAUCACUGCCUGCGGGGUCAUUGUCCUCUCUAUCUUAUGCUAUUUGGUCCUGCCCAGACUGAAAUUCUACCAGUAUUACCAGCAAGUAAAAAUGGAAGCUCUUGGGGAGCGAGAAACCAAAAUGGAUUUGAUUAAAAGAGGAGAGAAUCCCGUCAAAACUGUAGAAGUGGAACAAGGAGUCGCCAAGCCCAGCCCACAGAGCACCUAUGAGAAGCCUUCCAUCAUAGCCAUCCUCAAAGAGAUCUGGGUUCUGGCAUUGUCUGUCUGCUUUGUCUUCACCAUCACCAUCGGCGUGUUCCCUUCUAUAACCGCUGAGGUCAAGUCCACCAUUGCAGGGACCAGUAACUGGAAAAACUAUUUCACUCCCGUUACCUGCUUCCUCACUUUCAAUAUCUUUGACUGGGCUGGCCGGAGCCUCACUUCUGUAUUCAUGUGGCCGAAAAAGGACAGCCGCUAUCUCCUUCCUGCCCUGGUGUUGUCGAGGAUUGUGUUUGUGCCAUUGCUGAUGCUAUGCAACGUCCAUCCGAGGAAGAACCUGCCUGUGAUCUUCCACCACGAUGCCUGGUUUAUCGUCUUCAUGAUGUUCUUUGCCUUCUCCAAUGGCUACCUCGCCAGUCUCUGCAUGUGUUUUGGCCCCAAGAAAGUGAAAUCUUCUGAGGCUGAGACUGCAGGUUCCAUCAUGGCCUUCUUCCUCUCCCUGGGCCUGGCCUUUGGUGCCUUACUGUCCUUCCUGCUCCGGGCUAUCGUGUGAGGACUCGGGACCUUCCAGCUGCCCUCCCUGCCCUGCCUCUUCCACUUCUGACCUCUGUUUUCACUAACCGUGCUGGGGAUGGAGGAGCAGAACCCCCUCUCUGGACACUGGGAGUCAGAUAGCUAGAGCUCCCUUAUCCUGGGGAAGGGGACCCAUGAGACGGCACAGAGAGGUCAGUAGCUUGCUGCAGUAUUUGACCGACUGACCGAUGGAGCCCCUCUAUGGGCAAAACAGUGUUUAUCCCCCCAGCUCUGUGUGUUUGUCCAUUCACAUGUCUAUCCCUCUGUAUGUCUGUAUGUGGUGUCAGGGACCAGGUGGAUGAGAUGAAACGUUUUAGGGUCAUAUUUUUCUGACCAUGUUUUUCCAUCCAUCCAGUCCCCAGCACCUUCCCCAUCCCCAGCCUUUCCAUGUAAUGUCUCGUGUACAGUUGGCAUUUAUUGCCUUUUUUAUAUUCAAAAAAAAAACAAAAAAACAGAUGCCCCCUUCAAGGCAUCGAAAUAAACCAUUCUGAAUUUUUA